AUGUGGUCCUCCAAGGUCUCCUGCUCAUUGCUGGCGCAUCCGGCCAUCCUUCUUGGGCUUCUGCUUGUGCGGUCUGGUGAAGGACAGUCCCGAGAAGCUUUUGUUUGGAAGCACAUAGAUUACCCCAAAAGCUACCCAACUUCCCACCCUGACACCUACUGCACGCUGAUGAUGAUGCAGAGAGGGAUGACUCGAUAUGUUUGCAAAGAGACAAGUACCUUCAUCAACGACUUCCCCAUAAGUGUCGUGCAAGUGUGCAGAGGGAGAGGGACUCCUUCAAGUAACUACUUUGACAGCACAGACUCCUUCGAUAUGGUCCUCUGCAGAUACACAGGUGGCCCACCUCCUUAUAACUGCAGGUACAGUGGCAAACCCGCACACUUACGCAUUCGUGUGACCUGCACCGGCAACCAUCCGACUCACUAUGUGACUCAAAGGACAUAG